AUGCGGAAAGGCACGCUUUCCUCGGUGUCGGGCUCAUCAGGAUACCACUCGCAUCACUCAUCGAUUUCCUCAAAAGCUUCAAGGAGCACGUAUGCCCGACAAAAUGAGCUCGAUUUGGAGAAAACGUAUCAUGCGAUGGAAAAGGGUCAUAAGGUUUGCAAGUUGAAUUUGAUGCGAAAAUGGGAUCCCGCCUAUAAGAAAUUGCAACUCUCCCGAGAAACACGACAAUUGAUUUUGACGAAACUCGAAAGCAUGGCUCUCCGGAAUAAACCGUCGGUUUUGGAUUUGCGAAGUGUUAAAGAGGUACAAACGCUCGAUUUCAAGUUGAACAACAUUAAAGUGGGCGACAAAUGGAUUCGUGACAAGGAAAUCCGAAAUUUUGAACCGACCAAAAUUCUCGUCAUCCAGCAUGGAUCUGGCUUCAAUUUAAGCUAUUGGAUAUUGUUGUUCGAAACAUCAGAAGCUUGCCGUUUAUGGAAUCAAGGAGUGCACACAUUGAUUAUGGACACUCAACAAGCAAAUCAUCCAUUAGUAAUCGAGCGUUGGCUCCGGAAACAGUUCAGCAAUUUGCUCACCUCCGGACAAGAAAAAGUUGCAAUGAAACAUAUGAAGCCUUUCGUGCAAACGUCUCUCCAAUAUAAAGUCACUUCUCGAGCUCUUCAAGAAAUCACAGAAGAACAAAUGACUUUUGAAGUCUUUUCUCGAGCAGCCAAAACCCUAAUCCAUCUGCAAACAACAUUCACAUCCGAAUUCGGCAAAUUAACUGACGAGGGAUCGACGGUUUCGUUCGCGAACUUUCUCACUUUCUUGCGAGAAUACCAAAAUGAUGAGAUGGCGAAUAAUCGAGAAAGAGCAAGUGCUUUUUUACGAGAGUACCUUCAUGAUACGGAUAUUACUGGAAAGGGAAUGCCGCUUGCACACACACCGUCGCUCAGUGUCAUGGAGUUCUGCGAUUUCUUGUACUCUCGAGAGAACUCGUUAUGGGAUUCGAUGAACGAGAAAGUGGUGCACGAUAUGAAUCGACCACUUUCACACUAUUGGAUCGCUUCGUCGCAUAAUACCUAUUUGACUGGAGAUCAAUUGCGGAGUGAGUCUUCACUUGACUCUUAUGCUCGAGCUCUUUUAAUGGGAUGUCGAUGCAUUGAGUUGGAUUGUUGGGAUGGAACAAAAAAGCCAAAUUCAGCCGAAUUCCUUGACAUCGUUAUCUAUCACGGGUACACAAUGACGAGUAAACUCUUGCUGAAAGAUGUCUUGCAAACAAUUCGACACUAUGCUUUCAUCAAUAGCGAAUACCCAGUGAUUCUCUCCAUCGAAGACAAUUGCUCUGUGCCAGCGCAAAGGCUUUUAGCGCAAGAGGUUCGUGAAAUCCUUGGCGAUCUUUUAUUGACACAACCAGUGAGUCGAGAUGAGCUUGAGCUUCCAUCACCAGCUGCACUUAAACGCAAAAUCAUUCUUAAACAUAAAAAGUUGGCCGUUGAGAGUGAAGAUGUCGUGAAAAGUGAUGAAUUUCAAGACACAGAUCUUUUGAUCUCUGAGGGAAGCAUUAAGAAAGGACUUCUUUGGCUUCAAGACAGCGUCACUCAUGAAUGGACCUCUCACAUUUUUGUCCUCUUCAGCGACAAGUUGUGCUACAAAAUCGAGCAAUGUACUGAGCUCAACGAGGCGACUUUAGCGAGGGAGGACUCGAUUUCAGUGUUGGGCGAUGAUGAGCAAGGGGAGGAUAACCUAGUUGGGCUUGGAAUGCGCCCCGAAGAGAUGCAUGUCACGGAGGAGUGGUUUCACGGGAGAGCCGAUCGACAUGCAGCUGAAGCUCGUCUCCUUGAGGCUUCCUCUAGGGGUGAUGGAGUAUUUUUGGUUCGCGAAUCGACGACUUUCCUCGGCGAUUACUCAUUAUCAUUUCUCUAUGGAAGCAAAGUUCAUCAUGUACGCAUCAAAACGCAAAUGCAACAAGGCGAAAAGAAAUACUACUUCUUGGACAAUAAAGUGAUGGACACUCUCUACGAGUUGAUCUCUUAUUACACCGAAAAUCCACUAGUGACACCGAAUUUUAAGACGAAGUUGUCUACGCCUUGCCCACAGCCACAGCCACAUCUAAGCAUGCCAUGGUAUUCGGCUACUGCUGACAAGCGAAAAGCCGAAGAAUUACUGAAUUACGUGAAAGAGGAUGGAGCGUACCUCAUCCGACACUCCUCAUCCGAUCACCAAGUCUUUGUGCUCUCAUUGCGAGUUGACGGCGAGUUCUGGCAUUAUCGUUUGAAAAGAGAUGGUCGAAUUUUUAUCGUUAAUCAAAUGGUUUUCGAGAAUUUGUGUCAAAUCGUCGAAUACUAUUCAAAUAAGGAUUUUGUUAGAGGGAUUUGCUUGAAAUUUCCGGUGAACGAGCGUGACAUUGGCCAGUAUGCUUCAAUGGAACAAGGCGAGGCCGCAUCUGGUUGUUAUAUGGAUUUGAAAGAUCUUGAUAAAGAAGUUCAAGCUCGCGCCCUUCGACCGUACAAAGCUGUUCGUGACGACGAGCUUUCCUUUCCCGUCAAUGCAAUCAUCACUGUUUUGCGGAAAGAGGAGAAUUUCUGGCGUGGAAGAUACGGUGCCACAACUGGUUGGUUUCCGCCAGCUUACGUUCAAGAGAUUCUUCCACAAAAAAAUCAGAAAGAAAACGGUGGUGAAUCACAAUAUGCAACGAUUGAAUUAGCGGGUACAAUUGUUACAAAGAUCCCACAUGGUGAAUCCGAAAGACCGUACUCGAUGCGAAUUCAACAAGCUGGUGAUCAUUGGAGUGGACAAUCGUGGUGUUUAGCGGCAAACAGCUUAGAAGAUGCAGACGAUUGGCAAAAUCAACUAUGGGAGUUGACACGAUCGGUGAACGACAAAAUCUCUCUAUUGAGAACAAAAGAGAAAACGGCGAGGAUCGCGUCAGAGCUUUCGAAUUUGGUCGUCUAUUGUCAGGCUGUUCCAUUCAAUCCAGAACGAGUUGGACACGGGAAUUUCUGGGAAAUGUGCUCUUUCGUCGAAGCAAAACUUGAAAAGUUACUUGAAAAGGGUUUAAUCACGUUCAACAUUCGUCAAAUCACACGUGUUUACCCGUUAGGCUCUCGAAUCACAUCGGCCAACUUCAAUCCGGUUCCAAUGUGGAAUGCCGCUUGUCAUAUGGUUGCCCUCAACUAUCAGACUGGUGACCGGCCGAUGCAGUUGAAUCAAGGGAAAUUCCUCGCGAACGGCCAAUGCGGAUAUGUACUCAAGCCGGCUUACAUGAUCGACCCGAAUUAUGAUCCAUUGCAAGCGGAAAAGGUGCAAACAUCGAGCCCGAUCAGCCUCUCUGUAACGGUGGUUGGCGGACGACAUCUUUCAAGAAAAGACAAAAAUAAGGGUAUUUGCUCACCGUAUGUUGAAGUAGAAGUUGUCGGACUUGACUGUGACAAUGCCACUUUUAAGACAAGGACGGCUACUUCGAACGGUUUAAAUCCGAUUUGGAAAGAAACGUUUGAUUUCAAUGUUCAUUGUCCCGAAGUGGCGCUGCUACGAUUCUUGGUUGAAGACGGGGAUUUUGUGGGCCCAAAAACGGAUCCUUUCAUCGGACAAGCGGUUUUUCCGCUCGAUUCCAUCCGAACUGGCUAUCGCUCGGUGCCUCUUCGGAAUCAGUUCAGUGAGGAUCUUGAGUUAAGCUCGCUUUUAGUCUUGGUCAAGAUCACGCCACAAGGUGAUCCGGGGAAAACGAUCAGCUCAGCUCAUGAGAUUUUACAGGCAAAUCGCUCGGUUUUCGCUGGCGCUCGAACACCGUCGCGGGCAAUUUCCAAUGCAAAAUCAACGUCAUUGUCGCAUGAGAGAAGUUUCCCAUCAAUGGACGCCCCAAACAUCCCCCAAAGUCCGUUGACUCCAGUCACCCCACCCGCUUUCGUCAACGCUCGAAAAGCGACUUUCACCACGGAAAGCAUCACGAGAAGUGAAAGCAUGGAUAGUAAUGAAAGUGACAGCCACGCCAUUCCACCGGAUCGCAAAAAUUCAGGAAACUCGAAAGAAGGGAAACCGAAAGGCCGACGGCUUCUUCGCUUUUUCAAAUCAAAA